AUGAGCUGGCAGGGCAUUAUUAGAGGAGAGUAGAAAAGUUUCUUCAUGAUGUAAUAUUCAUCAAUCAAUGAUAAUACUCUGUAGAUGGAGGAAAAGCCAAUGGUAAUUAACAAGUAUAAACCUUAAGAGCACAAUUUCAGAGAUGUGGACAAUGAUAAAAAUCUAGGCCCAAAAGUAAUCUCUCCCAAUCGAUGGUAAAGUGAAAGACAGAGAAUACAGGAAACUCAAGAUAAAAAUAAAAUCUAUUUCUUUGAAGCAUUCAAUGAUAAAAACAAGGUAUGCUAGAUGAGGGAAAGACAAGCAGAUAAGGAAAUACAGCCAGAGAUGAAAUACACUGCUAAGAACACUCUGGAGAAGGUAGCAGAUGCUUUGAUGAAUAGCAUAAUGGUAGGGGGUGAUAAAACUUAAGAUUUUGGAAGGACCAAUGAAAGUUGGAAUAAGAACGGGGACAGGAGGAAAGGAAAUGGCCACAACAAAGAUUCCAAUAUGGGGCACACCUAGGCAUAUGGAGGUUUAUUCAGUAAUUUCUUCAGUAAAAUGACAGCUAGUCUGCCUGAUCUUAAGCAAAAUCAAGUCUAAAUUGGCAAGGAUAAUUAAAAUGACUUGAGUGUGACCAUGGAUACUUAAUCUGAGUAUAAAGGUGGCAAGACUAAUAAAAAAGCUGACAACACAUAAGCGACACCUGAAAAGGGCAAGGUCAAAUUAAGCACCUCAGCUGAAAAGUUCUUUAACGCCAUGAAUCCAAAGCAAUUAAGACCAGAUCUCCAUAAUAAAACACACUUCAAAGCAGCAAUGACUUUGAGAAUAAUGAAGCCUGUAAGUUUGCAAAGAGAAAAUCAUUACUAGACUAUGGGACCUGGUUAAUAUACCAAUAGAGACAUUAAUUCUAUGAAAAGAGCCUCUAGCAUUAAAAAGCUCUAGCCCCUAACUUUCUAAAAUCCAUUGCUCGCUAAAUAGAAGCCACAGACUUCAUCUAAUUAAACUUACAACUUAGAAGGUCAGGCGCAUUCUUAGGUUCUUAAUGACUUGAGAACUAUUUAGCUCCAUAAAAUUGAAAAGAAAACUACAAAAUUGUUGCGCUUUGAUAAUCCUGACUAAUCUCAAAUGAAAAAAGGAAGUACUUCUUUGACUUAGCUUAACAGAGGUAUCACUGAUGUGAGUGCAAUAGUUGAUAAAGAGGAAGAUGAUCACGGGAAGAAGAUUAAGCAGAGGGAAAUUCCUGAAAAUUACUAUGAAGUCUCCCAAAAUGUGCUCUCGAGUUGCCACAUAAUCCCUUAAAUAAGUCCCAAAUACCUUAAAAAGGGAGAUGGAAAAUUGAUAAGUAACGCUUCUAUGUUAAGUGAAUCUAACUUGGACAAGACUUUAUAGCAUAAUAAUAUGAGUUUGACUAAGUUGUUGAAUUCCUCAAAACUGUGA